UACUGUUUUGAUCGACGUGUAGGAAGAAGGUGGACGCCAUCGGCUGGUCCGCGAAUCUGCUCAGGUUUACAGGAGCCGGCUUUGAAUUCGUAUUUUAGAACCAAAAUGACGACUGCACCAUAUAACUAUUCCUACAUCUUCAAAUAUAUCAUUAUUGGGGAUAUGGGGGUUGGGAAGUCUUGUUUGCUCCACCAAUUUACAGAAAAGAAAUUCAUGGCGGACUGCCCUCACACGAUCGGGGUGGAGUUCGGCACACGGAUAAUCGAGGUGAGCGGGCAGAAGGUGAAGCUGCAGAUUUGGGACACGGCGGGUCAGGAGCGAUUCCGUGCAGUCACUCGCAGCUACUACAGAGGAGCCGCUGGUGCUCUCAUGGUGUACGACAUCACCAGGCGAAGUACAUACAAUCACCUGAGCAGCUGGCUGACUGACGCAAGGAAUCUUACCAACCCGAAUACAGUGAUUAUUCUUAUCGGUAACAAAGCUGACCUCGAAGCCCAGCGAGAUGUUACGUAUGAAGAGGCGAAGCAGUUUGCUGAAGAGAAUGGCCUGUUGUUUCUGGAGGCAAGUGCCAAAACAGGUGAGAAUGUUGAAGAUGCGUUCCUGGAGGCAGCUAAGAAGAUCUACCAGAACAUUCAGGACGGUAGUCUGGACCUGAACGCUGCUGAGUCAGGAGUCCAGCACAAGCCCAAUGCUCCACAAGGUGGCCGGCUCUCCAGCGACACACAGCCUCAGAAAGAGGGCUGUAGCUGUUAAUGACCACGGAAACUUCUUUCUGUCUCUUUUUGUUUCAUAUCUCCCCUCCAAACCCACACCACAGCCUCUGUACGCUCUCUCUCUCUCUCUCUCUCUCUCCCCUUUCUGAUUGGCCAUGAGACUAGAUUUCUGGGGCUGGGAAGCUCUGAAUGAUGGAGGGCAAGCAUUAGUCAGCUUCUGCCAUGUUCAUCCCUGCCCUUCCUUUCUCUCUACUCACUUGUUUUAUCUGUUCAUAAUGCACACGUCCCAGUGCACUUGGCAAGCAUUUACAGGAGGACGAAUCCUCCACUGAACACUAAUGUAGAUGGGAAAAGAAUAGUUUAUCAACACACGGGUGGAUGUGCAUAACUGUAAAUGAGAUCUUGUGUACAGGAGCUGUUUAAAUAGUGGGGUAAUUUAAAUCAUGAAAUUUUGAUAUGCGUUAUUCUCGUUUAAGUGGAAAUGAAGUUAACGUUUAGGCAGAAUCUGAUUUUAGAAUGUGCUUAAGAGAAGAUGCAUGAUAACCUGUUAUUGUACAUUUUGUUAAAUGAAACAAGAACUGUUUUAAUUAGGAUUAAUGCAGUGUCACAAGUAACCAGUCACCACACGUUUAUCCUUGUUUGUUUCUACUCACGACAUAUAACAAUAUGCACGAGUACAAUACAGGAUGAGUAUUGUUAAACAAUUGAAAGCGCCAUUGUAAAAAUUCUGAUGUUUUUGUGGGGUGGGGGUUGCUUUAGAUACAAGAUGUUUUAAGACCUAGAACAUUAAGAGUAAUAUAUUAAACAGGACACACAUUUGAGUCUGUAAAAA